UCUGUUUGGAAAAUGUGAUUCUCUUUAAAAGUGAAGGUGAUUAUCUAAUUGUUGCUUUUAAAUUAGUUAAUUGUGAUUAUUUUUCUAAUUUAAUUGUUGCAAAUUGUCCACAAUUUGAUGGACUUUUGCUUGGAAUAUGAUUUGUACCAAAAUUCCAGCUAAAAUAUUGACUUUAUGUCGUUCUUUUUGUCUUACCUCUAAGUCUCCUGUUGGUUGUGGUCAUUUAGAUGUUAAUACAAUUAGAUUUAAUUGUCCUGAGGUUCAAAAGAUAAUUGGUGAUUCUUUCACAAUUAAGGAGGAUUUUAUUUCGCCUCUAGAAGAAGAUAAUCUGGUUAAAGAGGUUGAACCAGUGUUGAAGCGAUAUAAAUAUGAUGAUACUCAUAUCGACAAUGCCAUUAAACAGUAUCGUGAAAUUGAAAAGUCUAAAUGGUCAGUAGAGAAUCAAUUGGUUAUUGAUAGGAUAAGAGCAAUUGUUUUCCGUCCCGAUGAGAAAAUAUUACAACCUGUACAUAUUUUAGAUCUUUCUGUUAAUGGUUUUAUUAAGCCUCACCUUGAUUCGGUUAAAUUUUGUGGACCAUCAAUCGGUGGUGUUUCCUUGUUAUCUGAUUGUAUCAUGAGAUUUACUCAUGAUCAAAAUCCGUCACUUUCCAUGGAUGUUUGGCUUAAACGUCGUUCUCUUUACAUAAUGAGAGAUGAAUCCCGAUAUUUAUUUAAACAUGAAAUUCUCAGUGCCGGUGACUCUAAAUUUGGUGAAAUAACAAUUCCAAGAUCGAGAAGAAUAUCAAUUAUCUGUAGAUGUUUUCCAAAAUCAACAGACUAACGUUUAG